AUGGUGGAAGAGCCAAAGAGAAGUGUGCUGCUGGACCUUGUGCUAACAAGCAAAGAAGGUCUGGUUGGAAGACCCAGGCAACCACAGAGGUCACCUUCAGCACAGCAGCUCCGUGACCCCUGGACUGGGGACAUGGGGAAGGGGCGGAGCGUCAUGCUGAGCCCUGUAAUGCCUGGCAGCCCCUCCGGCUGCAGGCGCACAGGGAGCCCAGCCCAGCGGCGGCAGCAGGGAGGCAAGGCAGUCCACGCUGUCAUACUGCACUGCAGGAGAAGGCUGUCUGUGUUUUUUCUGCAGCACUCAGCAAUGGAUGAGAGCUCAGGUGCGGCAAUGGUGGUGACAACUGCACCAGCUGUGCUAGACGAGCUCCUGGAGAUCACAGCCCAAAGCCUGGUGCGCAUGGAGGUUGCUGAGCACUACGAGGUCAUUCGGGAGCUGGGCAGGGGCAAGUACGGACACGUGGUGCUAGUGACCCAUAGGCAGCGAGGGACUCCCAUGGCUCUUAAGCUGCUACCCAAAGCUAGUACCAAGCUGCACACUUUUCUGUAUGAGUAUUGUGUGGCACUAUCCCUUGCCACCCACCCUGCUAUCAUCGGGAUGUUUGGAAUAGCGAUUGAGUCCAGCCAGUACUACGGUUUCCUCUAUGAACCAGCACUGCACAAAGACCUCAUCUCUAUCAUCAAACCACGGGAUGGGAUCCCUGAACCAGCUGCUAAGCACUGUGCCAAGCAGCUUGCGAGUGCACUGGAAUUCAUCCACAGCCGGGGACUUGUGUACCGUGACGUCAAGCCCGAAAACGUGCUGCUUUUUGAUCCUGAAUGUCGGUGUAUCAAGUUGACUGACUUUGGGCUCACACGGCCUAAAGGCACCAAGCUCAAACUAGUGGCUGGGGUAAUUCCCUACACUGCUCCAGAGCUGAGCAACACCACCAAUGCACAGGGGCUGCCCAUUGACACCAGCUUGGAUGCCUGGGCCUUUGGUGUACUUCUUUUCUGUCUACUGACUGGCUACUUUCCCUGGGAGCAGAGUCUGCCAGAAGACCCUUUCUUUGAGGACUUCAUGCUGUGGCAGGAGACAGGCUUGGAGACAGACCUGCCUCGCCAUUGGAAACGACUGACAGCUGAGGCUGCCCUCAUGCUGCGAAGCCUGCUGGCCCUAGAUCCUGCCAAGCGUGGCCCUGUCAGUGGGGUUUUGCGUUAUGUUGAUUGCCCUUGGCGACUGGAGGAGGCUGCUGUGAAGCCUUAG